CCUACGGCUAGGCCUAGAAUUUUGUCUACUCGUCCAAAUAAACAGGAAGUAUUAACUUUUACUUUUACGUAAACUACUUAUUUACAUAAUAGGUCAAAUAUUCUGUAGUUCAAAAGAAUUUCAAGAGUAUAAGUAGAUAAGGAUAUGUCCACACAUGCAAAGGUUUGUCGAUUUGUCGUUCAUUGAAGAAGAUUAAGAAGAUAACCUCACUUCUUGAAUCUUGAUUUUUAUUUUGUUCAGUUCUCUUGUUUACCAUUAUCAUUAUAAUUUUUCAGAUUAUUUUAGCUUCUAUUCUCAUUAAAACAAUGGUUAGCUGUGUGAGCUGUCGGGUGUCUCACGUUGCAAAGGGAAUUUCUUUUCAUCGACUACCAUCAAAUCCAGAUUUGAAGAAGACUUGGCUAGAAUUUUUCAAUAUCAUUGAAGAAAAUCUACCCAGAAGGGCACACGUAUGCUCUCAACAUUUUAAGGAAGAUGCUUUUGAUAGGACUUUCCAAAAAUCUACAUUGAAAAAAGAUUCUCUACCCACUAUCCUCAUCUCUAGGACAAUAAACAUUUCUCAGAAAGGAAGAACAAAAAAGAGGUCUGAAAAAUCAAAGAUGGUAGCUUCUUCAGAUGUCAAAACAGAAAAUGAAAUAGAAUUGUCAGAUACUAAAUUGGAAUUAUCUGAGAUCCCUACAGAUGAAAUUAAAAUAGAAAACAAGGACAACAUUCUAGAUAGAUACUAACUGUGAUACUAAUAACUAUACACUAUACCUAUUAAACAUUUAAGGUAGCUACCAUUCAAUUUCAAUAGGAAAUGAAUGGAAAAUUGUUAUUUAAUUUGUUAUAAAUUGGAUUAUAUUUUAUUCCCACUGUUUAUCAAUCUAAUGUUCCAAUAAAUAUUUUGAAAAACAUCAAAUACAUUUUCAAGCUGAAGAAAACUUUUGAAUAAAGAAAU